AUGUCUAACGGCAGAAGAGCGACGCGUCCCGUCAGGCAGCUGUCGUUGCAGCAGCCUGUGCCGCGUCGACAGCACUUCAGACGACAGCGAUCGGCGGAGGACGAUUGCAGCAAGUCCUUGCAGAUCUACGCGAAUCCAAUCGCGCGGGGAAGAUCAGCCGCGAAUGUGACGGAGAAGCCCAAGGUGCGGGUCGCCUGGGGCGAUGAUCGUCGCGGCUGCGACAGUCUGGCCCAGGUGGAGGUGGUGGCUCGGCAGAUCCCGGGUCGAUCCAGACCGACCACAGGCCGAUCUGGCAGGGCUUAUGCCACCACGGAGAAGGCGUCGAUUCUUUACUCGCGGCAGGAGCUCGCCGAGAGGCUGCGACUCGCGUGGAAGCACCGGGAGCAGAACAAAGCGAACAUCGACAUAUUCCUGGCGCAUGGCGUGGCAGUGGAGGAACGUUGCGAUUCUCAGCUAUCGAUAUCCACCCCGCCGACCCCGCUCUCCAGGAGGGAGCCCAAUUUUAUUCGGAAUGAGGGAAAGAGCCAGCGGAAUUCGACGGCGUCGAGCAAUUUGGAAGACCGAGGGAAGGAAAUGCGUGAAGAUCGUGAUAACGAAAAUGAAAGAUUAUGCGGGAAGAAGCUGGAGACUGCGUCUCGAUUGACGGAGAUUGAUUUGUCGAUGAAAAGGGAUGAGAAGGCAACGGAGAGCGUGGAAAAGAAGGAAAGAGAUAACGAGAGACCGGCGGAUUCGCACGAUAAUGUGGAUAUCGAGGAAGAGGAGAAGAAGAAGAAGACGCGUAUAAAUAUCGACUGCACGAAUCUUCAUCUUUCGACGACCGAUCAAUCGCAGCCAUCAUCCGUGAAAGCGGAAAAUGCGGACCCGGCGAAGAGCAACGCCGAUUUCUCGUCGGCGAAGCAGAAGCGCGCGAGUUUUCACAGCGGCACCAAUCGCGCCUUUCUCGUGCCGAUGACGGAGAAGCCUUCUCCGAAAGGGCCUUCUCCGGAAGCGAAGAAUAAGCUCGCACCGACGAAAUCGAUCGAGAUCAGAUGCGCCUCGGCCGACAAGACCAUCAUGAGAUUGCCGAUCGACAGGAGUGCCGCACUCACGAGGAGCUCGUCCACGGCGAGCCUGGAGAAGGCGAGGAGGACGAAUUCCGCGCCGCCGCAGAGGCGAAAUCUCGCACCCGCGGCGCGCGUGCAGGUGAACAUCGUGAUCGACGCGCCCGGUCUCACCGUCGAGGAGGCGACGGAUAAAUCGAUCGUUUGUGUCGAAAAAAUGCAGGACGGAAAAGAUGCCGUGGAAAAAUACGAGGAGGGCGCGGCGAAGAUAUCGCGUGGCGAGCGGUCGAUAAGAUCGGCGCCUCUGAAGAGGCGAUCGAGAAGCGCGAAGAGGCGUCUCCUCGCCUCGUCGGGCCCGAGCAAGGACGAAGAUCGCGGCGGACGUGGGAAGGCCUUCGUGGAUCCGAAAACGAGCGACGUGAUCACGAUGGUGUCGCUGGUCAGCUCGGCCGACAGCGACAGCGACGUGGAGAAUUCGCCGGGCGACGAUAAGCUUAUCAAUGAGCUGCGCAGCAAGCUGCCCACCACACCUAUCAUUAAGACGUCCAUCAACCCCAACCCCAAUACAGCGCGGAGGCCCAUCAAGUCAGUUUCCUUCCAGAGAGACUCGUUUGACGAGGAGCCGACGAAGGAGGAGAAGCGAAACGUUAGCAGCAACGUUCAACUUCCCCGUCCCUUCGGCCUCGCCGUCAACGUCGCUCACGGGAACGGUGGUGAGGACCUGGAGGAGAAGGACAGCAGGACUGUCAUCGAUAAUGUCAUCGCGAUUCCGACGCUGGUCGUCGAACCUGUGCUAAUUCCGCAGGAUCCCGAGAGGACGGUGGUACCGGAGGCACCGUUGACCGAUCGCGAGAAGAGGUGCCUGGCGGUGCCGAUCGGCGAUCUGCACGACAAGAAGCGGAAGCUGCUGCGAACGCGCAGCACACCGAGCCGCCCGAUAGUAGCGGAGCGGUUGAAUAACGUGCCGAUGGAGAUAAAAGAGCAGAGGCUGCCUCUCGUGAUACCGCGAGUCGAUCUCGUCGCGAUUUCCGCACCGCCGAUCGACACACCGCUUUCAAAAGAGGAAUUUCUUAAAGAGGCGCUGCCGAAAGAAAUGCCACCAGAGGUGAUGCUGCCGUCGGAGCCACAUUUUCAAACGACCAAGGAAAAGGAAUGCUGGCAUCUCUACAGGCGGAUGUGCGAUAAGGGCGUAUGCGUGUCCUUCGACACUGUUCUAAGAGGCAUGCUAACACCGACGGAGUAUCGACUGCGACAGAAGGAAUGUUCACAGGAUUUGCGAUGAGAUGUUGAAUUGUUUAUGACGUUUAAAUACUUUUUUAACAGAUUAAUUAUUGGUAUUUGCUAGAAUCGAGUUAAUUGUCCAGAAAAAAAACGGUAUACGAUGAAAUACACUAUUAUAUAUAUAUGUAAUUUAUAUAUGCAAUUUAUUAAUUACAAUUAAUAAAUUACACAUAUAUAUAUAUCUGUCAUAUAUAUUAUAAUUCGUAUAUAUGAUUUAUUAAUAAUUAAUCAUUUUAAUUGUGUGUACAAUUUAUACACAUAGAAUAAGUAUACGAAAACGAUCACGAGAUAGCCAUAAAUUAUUAAUAAUUGCUAUCAAGGCCAAAUAAAUGACGCCUCGGUAAUAAUAAUUAAUAAUAACAAAUAAAUUAGGCGCACAUGGUAAAGUAACAGGCAUAAACCGAAUUACCUGAAAUUAGAAUGGUUCCUAUUAAACCUUAAAUCCUACUGCCUCUUUCUCGAUCUUUUUAUAUUGCCGAAUUAAUUUUUUAAUUAUUUUUGAAAUCUUAUUUCCGAUGAUAGCCAAUUUGAUGUCAGGACAUUUUUAACGCAUCUAACGCAUUUAAGUACGUAACAUAUAUUUCACAGAAUAUGUCUAUUUUCUUUUAAUUGUACUGUCUCACAAUUUUCGCACCAAGAAUAAAAUAGUACCAGUAAAA